AUGACGACCUUCGUUCCCAGCUUAACGCUGCCCGCAGCCAUAUUUGCCAAUCCAACGGCUUCGGUUCUCUUGCCAAUUACUCUUGGAUCUGCUAUUGGUUCGCACAAAAGAAACUCAAAAGGACCUACAUGGCACUUAAACAACAACCCCCUUACCUUCCACCCUCCAUAUGUCUUCGGUCCAGCCUGGACUCUCCUCUACGGUCUGAUGGGAUACUCUGCCUACCGCGCAUACUCUACCGGAUUAUCUCCUCUCGCUUCUACCGAAAACCAUCUCCUUUUCAAACAAGGUGCUACACUCUAUACCAUUCAACUCGGCCUCAACCUAAUCUGGAUGCCCCUCUUCUUCUCCCUCAAACGCCCCAUCCUCGCUACCAUCGACAUCGUCGCCCUCACCGGAACCGUCUCCUACCUGACCUACAUCUGGGGACAAGUCGACUCCGUCGCCGCCUGGGCCCUCGCUCCCUACGUCGGCUGGCUCGGCUUCGCCACCUACCUCAGCGCCGGCGUGGGCUAUCUCAACGACUGGAACAUCAGCGACAAGGAAGUCGAGAAGAGUCCCAAGGGCAAGGGAACAAAGUACGUUGACGAGAAGGAAGAGUAGGGGAUACAAGCAAGCGGAGAAUGAAAAUACACGCACGAAGCACGCGCUAAAAAUCCAUACGGUGUGUGCAAAUCCCAAAUCCUUCAUCUUCCGAAGGAUGGAUCGAUCAUCUAUCUCACGAACCACACAUCCCGAGUCCAUUAUUCCACGCAGAUUUUCGCACGGCGUUGAAUUCAUUGUCUUGUCUUGUCUUCAGAUAAUAUACCAUAGCUUUUAAUCAUGAAUGAAUUACUUAUUUUCUACUGCAAUACUGGUAUAUCUACCAUACUAUAUACUCC